CUGUUUCGACUGCACCUGGCGCUAAACCUGGCGAGUCAUACAGAUCAUCCGGAAUAGUUAUUGUCAUAAUCAUUGAUUAUCAGAACUUACCAUUCAAGAAUACCAUAACAUACAAAUAUCGCCCGCAAUAUAUUCCGGGUAAUGAGUACAAAUCCGUUGAAAAUAUAUUUAUGCCGAAUGGUUCGUACGUGGUAAAAGAAAGACAUGGCCUUCGAUUAAUAUUUCAACAAAACGGAGAAAUAGGCAGAUUCGAUUUCAUUUCGUUACUUCAAAAUAUCGUGGCCGGUUUUGCUCUUUUCUCACUCGCCACAAUUAUAGUAGAAGUCCUAAUGCUGAAAUUCCUUCCAGAAAAAGACGUGUAUGAACAAGUUAAGUUCGAGACCACGCAUGAUAUCUACGAACACGCAAAAUUGAAAAAACAAGGCGUGAUUAGUGACGAUGAGGCGCAGCAGGGUCAGUUUGGGAAAGAAAGGCCGGGAUAUGAAAUUAGUAGUUAA